UCUAUGACAGCAUUUGAAGAGCUAGGUGUUCUUCCUGAAAUUGGAAAAGCUCUUGAUGAAUUGGAUUGGACUCUUCCUACAGACAUUCAAUCUGAGGCAAUUCCUGCAAUUCUUGGCGGUGGCGAUGCUUGUAUGGCUGCUGAAACUGGGAGUGGCAAAACUGGUGCAUUUUGUAUUUUACAAAUUGUCUAUGAAUCAAUGCAACCUAAAAUCUCUAAAGCUAAACAUGACAUACAAGGAGCGCAAGACAAUUGGAGGAUGAGCAUUCACGACAGAGAUCACAACCUUGGUGUUGAUCAAACUGGUCUAAUUUGUGAAAGCAAUCAUCCUAAAUUAUGGAGUGGUGUAAGAGCGAUGAGAGGUGUUAAAUGCUCUGGUAAAUAUUACUACGAAGCUAUUAUUGAAAGUGAUGGGCUUUGCCGUAUGGGUUGGGCAACUUUCCGUGCAAAUUUAAAUUUAGGAACUGAUGACCAAGGUUUUGGGUUUGGUGGAACUGGAAAAAAGAGCAAUGCUGGUAAAUUUGACGAUUAUGGUGAAAGUUUUACUUUGAAUGAUGUAAUUGGAUGUUAUCUUGAUUUGGAAGUUGGGCGUAUUCAUUGGGCUAAAAAUGGCAAAGAAUUUCCCUCUGCCUAUUCAUUGAGAGGCGAAUUUGUGAAGGCAGGUCUAUUUCCUGCUGUUGUCAUUAAGAAUGCUCGCCUUCGGCUUAAUUUUGGCCAGACUUCUUUCCGCUUUCCACCAAAGGGAGAUUUUAUUGCUCUUUGCCGAGCCGUGCCUGCAUUUCAAGUAGAAUCACCAUCAGAAAGUAAACAGCAUGACACUUCAGAAGAAGUAGAAAAAAGAAAACCAAAUCAACCACUUUGCCUUGUCGUUGAACCUACAAAAGAAUUAGCGCAACAAACAUAUACGCAAAUAAAUAAAUUUAUGAAAUAUCUAGACAAUCCAAAAAUAAAAAAUGUUCCUGUUGUAAGUGGAAUAAAUAUGGGAGAACAAAUGGCUUUAAUCAAUUCUGGUUGUGAUAUAUUGACGUGUACACCUGGCAGAAUACGUUCUUUGGUUCAGGAGGGACGCGUGGACCUUUCUCAUAUUCGAUUUUUUGUCCUUGAUGAGGCUGAUUCUCUUCUUGGAGGUCAAGGGGAUUCGUCACAAAUAAUCUUCGAAUUACACAGCCAAAUUCCAAAAUACGGACCUUCAGGUCAACGUCUUCAAAUGAUUGUAUGUUCAGCAACAUUACACAACAUGGCCGUUCAAAAAUUAGCUGCUCAAUAUAUGUAUUUCCCCCAAUGGAUUGAUUUAAAAGGGCAGGACAGUGUUCCUGAAACUGUUCAUCAGGUUGUUUGUAUGAUCGAUCCCAGAGAAGAUAAAAGUUGGAUUCGACUGCGUUCUCAGCCAAAUAAAUCAAUCCAAACGGAUGGGAUCCACAUAAAUGACCAAAUUCGUCCAGGCACGGAUGCUCCUGAAACCUUAUCUGAAGGUGUAAAAGUUUUGAAAGCGGAAUAUGUUCUGCGUGCUAUAAAUGCUCACAAAAUGGAUCAAUGCAUUAUCUUCUGCCGUACAAAACUUGACUGUGAUAAUAUGGAAAAAUUUCUGACACCGAGAGGUUAUCCUUGUGUUUGUUUGCAUAGUGAUAGAUCACCAGAUGAAAGGACUCGGAAUCUAAAAUUAUUUAAGGAAAAGAAAGCCAAAUUUUUGAUUUGUACUGAUGUUGCUGCUCGUGGAUUGGAUGUAACUGGAAUACCUUUUGUUAUUAAUGUUACAUUACCGCCAGCUGAAGAAAAGGCAAAUUAUGUGCAUAGAAUUGGGCGUGUUGGUCGAGCUGAGAGAAUGGGGUUGGCUAUUUCGCUCGUUUCUUCAUUUCCUGAGAAAGUUUGGUAUCAUCAAUGUAAGAGCAGAGGAGCUAAUUGCUCUAAUACUCGACUUGUAACACAAGGAGGUUGUGCAAAAUGGUUUGACGAGAUUAACUAUUUGGGCGAAAUCGAAGAACAUUUGGGUGUUACAAUUAAUCGAGUGGGUCCUGAUAUGGCUGUUCCAAUUGAUGAAUAUGAUGGAAAAGUUGUAUAUGGUGCUAAGAGGACAAAUGAAGGUUUAUUCAAGUUUAUUAAAGAAAAUUUUUAUUUUGAGGUGGUCCACAAUUUGGUCACGCAGUGGAGCUAAA